AUGUCUCGAGCCGGACCUGAAACCUCAAAGCGUUUGCAGCAAAAUCCAUCCUGUAUUAGGAACAUUUGUAUUCUAGCGCAUGUCGAUCAUGGUAAGACAUCCUUAUCAGAUUCCCUAUUAGCUUCCAACGGGAUCAUCUCCCAAAAACUUGCUGGGAAAGUUAGAUAUUUGGAUUCUAGACCAGAUGAACAGUUAAGAGGAAUAACUAUGGAAUCUAGUGCCAUUUCCUUGUAUUUCAGAGUCCUGCGCAAGCAAGAAGGCUCUGACAAACCAUUAGUUAAUGAGCAUUUAAUCAAUUUGAUUGAUUCCCCAGGCCACAUUGACUUUUCAAGUGAGGUUAGCGCUGCAUCUAGACUAUGUGAUGGUGCUGUCGUACUUGUAGAUGUGGUUGAAGGUGUGUGCUCUCAAACAGUCACCGUUUUACGCCAAUGUUGGAUAGAGAAAUUGAAACCAAUUUUGGUCUUAAACAAAAUCGAUAGGUUGAUUUCAGAACUUCAAUUGACUCCACAGGAAGCGUAUAUACAUUUAUCAAAGGUUAUUGAGCAAGUUAACUCAGUCAUUGGCUCUUUUUAUGCAGGUGAAAGAUCACUUGAAGAUGAAUCAUGGAGAGAACGUUUAGAGCAAAAUGUCGAUGCGCAGUAUGAAGAGAAGGAUGAUUCUGACUUGUAUUUCAAUCCUAUGGAUAACAACGUCAUCUUCGCCUCUGCAGUUGAUGGUUGGGGUUUCAAUAUCGGAAGAUUUGCCAAAUUCUAUGAAGAAAAGCUUGGUGCUAAAAGAGAGAAUUUACAAAAGGUUCUAUGGGGGGACUUCUAUAUGGAUCCUAAGACUAAAAAAAUUAUCAACAGCAAAGGAUUAAAGGGAAGAAACCUAAAACCAUUGUUUGUUAGUUUAAUUCUAGAUAAUAUUUGGAAGAUUUACGACAAUGUUUUGAAUCAGCAUGACUCCGAAAUGUUGAAUAAAAUUACGAAAGCUUUAAACAUUACAAUCCAACCACGGGACCUAAGAUCAAAGGACCACAAAGGAUUAUUAAGAACUAUAAUGGGUCAAUGGAUUCCAGUCAGUACUGCUGUGCUUCUAAGCGUAGUUGAGAACUUGCCUUCUCCAGUUGAUUCUCAGAACGAAAGAAUUGACUCCAUUCUUGGUAACUCUGUAGGUUACGAAUUGGCAGACAAAAAGUUAAUUGAAGGAAUGAAAAAGUGUGAUAAGCAUGCUCCAGUAAGUGCUUAUGUAUCAAAGAUGUUAUCUAUUCCAAAGGAAGAGCUACCAUUGCAAUCUUUAAGUGGAUCUCAAAAUACCGAUUCCGUUAUCGAAAGAAGCAGAAGAGCGCGUGAAGAAGCAAUGAAGAUUGCUAAACAGGCAGAAAUGCAAAGCAAUCUCGAAAAGCUAAGGCUAGCUGAAAAUCAACCGGAACCAGAAACCAACCACAAGUCCAAGCAAGACAAAGAUAAUGACGAUGAUUUGUUUGCUAGAGCAGCAGAUUCAACUCUUACACCAGAUGUAGAUGUCAUUAAAGCAAAUGCUAUAAAAUCCAAACUUUUGUCUAGAAGCACGGAUAAUGAUGAAAUAAAGGUAGUUACAGAGCCUGCACCUGCUUUCGAUUUGGGAAUAAACUUUGAGUAUGAAGAAGACGAAGAUGAUAAGCUUCAUUCAAACUUGUCUACAGGAGAAAAGGAAGGUGAAAUUCCUCAAUUUGUUCCUCAAGAUAUCGAUCCUAAUGAUCCUUUAGCGUCUUUAUUUGAGUAUACAGAUGAAGACCCAUUUGCAGCUGCAUCAGCGGAAAAUGACGCUUCUGCAAAUGCUGAACAAGAGCUCUCAGAGGAAUUGGAUAUGGAAGAUUCCAACGAAGUUCUUAUAGCCUUUGCAAGACUUUAUAGUGGGACAUUGAAGGUAGGAUCGAAGAUAUCAGUUCUUGGACCUAAAUUCAAUCCAGCAUUCCCUACCGAGCACAUUCAAACUGCGGAAAUAACAAGCUUGUACUUGUUCAUGGGAAGAGAUUUGGUUCCUCUAGAAGAGUGUCCCGCUGGUAAUAUUGUGGGUAUUGGUGGAUUAGCAGGAAAGUUAUUGAAAAAUGGUACUUUAAUUGAACCAGGGAUUGCUGGGGUGAAUCUUGCCGGUGUACAUCUUCACACCCAGCCUAUUGUUCAGGUUGCCUUAGAACCUGUUAACCCUACACAGAUGAAUCACUUGGUACAUGGACUAAAAUUGUUAAAUCAAGCCGAUCCAUGUGUGGAAACCUAUGUUACAGACAACGGUGAACAUAUUUUGUGUACAGCAGGUGAACUCCAUCUUGAAAGAUGUUUAAAAGAUUUAAGAGAGAGAUUUGCUGGAAUUGAAAUCACUAGUUCUGAACCAGCUAUUCCAUAUAAGGAGACAUUCAUUUCGGUUCCUGAUUUAGACCGUCCUGUCAGUACCAAGCUCGGUAGAGGUUAUGCAGAGGGUUACUUGGCCAAUUGGAAGAUGAGAUUCAGAGUUUUACCAUUACCGGAGGUCGUUAUUAAGCUAUUAUUGGACCAUGAGCAGGUAUUGAAGGAAUUAAAUGAUGAAACGGUGAGCCCACAAAAUAAAGAAGAAAAACUACAAAUUAUCCUGAAUGCAUUAAAGAGUGCAUUUGAACAAGCUGAGAAGCAAAAUGAUGCAACCGAAUGGCUGGAUAUAUCUGAAAAAUAUGUGGACAAUAUUGUUGCAUUUGGACCCAAACAAUCUGGAUCAAAUAUUCUUGUAGAUAACACAAACAGCAUUUCUAAUCUCAUAGGAAGAACAGGAAAGUUUGAGUAUGAGUACUCUAUUUUAAAUGGUUUCGAACUAGCUGUUAAUGAAGGUCCUUUGGCUAAAGAACAAGUUCAAGGUAUGUGCAUAGUACUAGAUGAAUUGAGAGAGAUGACAAACGAAGAAAUGGACAAGAUAGAGGAAACUGGAUACCAGACCUCUGUUCCGAACUUUUCUGGUAGGUUGAUCACUAAGACCAGAGAUCUUACCCAUCAAGCCAUGAUGGAAUGGUCCCCAAGAUUAAUGUGGGCUAUGUAUACUUGUGAUAUCCAAGCAUCUGUAGAUGUUUUGGGUAAAGUUUACGCCGUUGUUCAACAACGCAGAGGUCGUAUCACUUCUGAAGAACUCAAAGAGGGUACGCCAUUCUUUCAGAUUGAAGCGCGCAUUCCUGUUGUUGAGGCAUUUGGAUUCAGUGAAGAUAUUAGAAAAAAGACUUCAGGUGCAGCACAACCUCAAUUGGUCUUUGCUGGUUUUGAAACGAUUGAUCUAGAUCCAUUCUGGGUGCCAAAAACAGAAGAAGAACUCGAAGAGAUGGGUGAAUUCGCUGACAAAGAAAAUAUAGCCAGAAAGCACAUGAAUUCCAUCAGAAGAAAGAAGGGUCUAUUUGUCGACGAAAAAGUGAUUCAAAAUGCAGAGAAACAGAGAACAUUGAAACGUAACUAA